AGCAAACUACAAACAGUCCUCAACCAAAAAGCACUCUUUCUUUGUUUUCCCCUCACCAUUCACACUUCAAACAAAAACACACUCGUCUUUUAGGCUUUGAAGAACGCUUGAGGCAGUCUGUCACAGCCAAACGCCUUCUUUGAAACUGUACUCUGUCCAAUAUGAGUAUGGAGAAACAAUAUUUGGAUUGCGUACUAGUCCCGAUGGGGAUUCUUUUAAUGGUUGCCUACCAUUUAUGGCUUCUCUAUCGAAUCUUAAAACAUCCCACCAAGACUGUCAUCGGCAUCAACGCCAUCAACCGUCGUUUUUGGGUUCAAGCUAUGAUGGAGGACGGGUCAAAAGGAGUAUUGGCAGUGCAAUCGCUGCGAAACAAUAUAAUGGCGUCGACCUUAUUAGCAUCCACGGCUAUCAUGCUUAGUUCCCUCAUCGCCAUCCUGAUGACGGGCGGGAGCAGCGCCAGCGAUAGAUCGUCCUGGUUUGUAUUCGGAGAUAAAAGCGACCUCGUUUAUUCAAUAAAGUUUUUCUCGAUAUUGGUUUGCUUCUUGGUGGCCUUUUUGCUCAACUUACAGUCCAUCAGGUAUUACAGCCAUGCAAGCAUCCUCAUCAACGUGCCACUCAACAAGAUGUCCCACCGACACCAGCAUCUCACGCUUGAAUACGUAGCCAACACGGUGAACAGAGGCAGCUAUUUUUGGUCCCUAGGACUUCGUGCCUUCUACUUCUCUUUCCCCCUCUUUUUGUGGAUCUUUGGACCCCUUCCUAUGUUCUUUUCUUGCACGGCCCUCGUUUUCAUGCUGUAUUUCCUCGAUGUUACUUUCCAAUUUGGGUGGGCCAUCGGGGCUGUGGAUGACAAAGGCCACAACGAAGACGAGGAAUUAGGGGUGGUUCAACUCGAUCGUAGUCCCUCAAAUUCCUAUUACCAAAUAUAAGCGAUGGUGGCGGCAUUAAUUGGUUCAAUCAAAGUUGAAUCGAAUUUGCUUUUUAAGUAAUAUUGGCGUGUAAUUUAGGUGGUUUCUACAGGCUUAAGGGCUUUUCACAUUGGAAAAAUGGUUGAAGGGGAAGUGUUUCGUAAAGAGGAAACUAAAUUGAAAACCGAAUGCUUGCUUUUCCUUCAAUAAAUAUUCACUUUACCUUA